AGUUUGAGUUACGGUCUUUAACGGAUACUACGGUCCUAUGGCCAAAAUGAUUUCCACUUUCGCGCUCUUCUUUUUAAGCAUACUGCAUGCUCAUGCUGCUUUUCAAGGUGCACCAAUUCCUCAGAAUUAUUUUAAUCCACCACCGGACGUUCCUCCAACUUCAUACACUCCUUCAGCAGCUCCAGCUGACACACCAUUUACUUACCAAGGGUAUCCACCCAACUUCCACCCCGGGAAUACACCUAGAACUCCCCCGUUCUACCCUGGCUUCAAAAAUCCCAAAUACCGCGUUCAUCCGAUUCCUAACAAUCCCGUCCCAAUAGUCCCCUUAACUCAACCAGCACAACCUGUUCCAGUUCAAUUACCUAUAACACAAAGUGUUCCAAUAGCAAGCCCACUGCAACCCUUACCUCAGCCCAUUGUACCAAAUGUUCUUAUACCAAUAAAUACAGCUCAGAAAACAACCUACACUACCAAUGCGUCUGGGAACGCUUUUGCCACAAGCGUAUCCAGACGCAUUUUUAAGCGCUCAUGCGCAGGCUUAGGAUCAUGCUCAGGCUCAGGGUCAUGCUUAAGCACAGAUUCCUGCGCAGGCGUAGGCUCGGGCAAAGGCCCAGGAUCAUGCUUAGGCCCAGGAUCAUGCGCAGGCAUAGGCUCGGGGUCAGGCUCAGAAUCAUGCUCAGGCUCACAAUCAUGCGCAGGCAUACGCUCAGGCUCAGGCUCUAAAUCAUGCUCAGGCUCACAAUCAUGCGCAGGCGUAGGCUCAGGCGCAGUCCCAGGAUCAUGCUCAGAGCCAGGAUCAUGCUCAGCACCAGGCUAAGGCUCAUGCUCAGGAACCAGCACAAGAGGAAAUAGCUCUGGCUCUUUUAGGUAGACUAAAUUUUUGUACGAUUUCUAUGUAUCAGUAUAACGCUUUCAAAUUCCAGUCAUCCCCAGAAUCGUUCCUUACCCUCAAUAAAAGGGCAUUUGCCUCAUUAACUACUUAGAGAUGCCAGCAAUGAUUCGCAAUUAAUUUAGAUUUUACUAAACCGAUAUUAAUAAGUAAGCAAGCAUUUUAAAAACCAAUCUAUGUAUUGAACCAAAAAUAUUAAUAAAAAUAAAGCAAAA